AUGUCCUCAAAGAUACAGAAGACAGGAAUUAAAAUGUCCUCAAAGAUACAGAAGACAGGAAUUAAAAUGUCCUCAAAGAUACAGAAGACAGGAAUUAAAAUGUCCUCAAAGAUACAGAAGACAGGGAUUAAAAUGUCCUCAAAGAUACAGAAGACAGGAAUUAAAAUGCCCUCAAAGAUACAGAAGACAGGGAUUAAAAUGUCCUCAAAGAUACAGAAGACAGGAAUUAAAAUGUCCUCAAAGAUACAGAAGACAGGGAUUAAAAUGUCCUCAAAGAUACAGAAGACAGGGAUUAAAAUGUCCUCAAAGAUACAGAAGACAGGGAUUAAAAUGUCCUCAAAGAUACAGAAGACAGGGAUUAAAAUGUCCUCAAAGAUACAGAAGACAGGAAUUAAAAUGUCCUCAAAGAUACAGAAGACAGGGAUUAAAAUGUCCUCAAAGAUACAGAAGACAGGAAUUAAAAUGUCCUCAAAGAUACAGAAGACAGGAAUUAAAAUGUCCUCAAAGAUACAGAAGACAGGGAUUAAAAUGUUCUCAAAGAUACAGAAGACAGGAAGUAAAAUGUCCUCAAAGAUACAGAAGACAGGAAUUAAAAUGUCCUCAAAGAUACAGAAGACAGGAAUUAAAAUGUCCUCAAAGAUACAGAAGACAGGAAGUAAAAUGUCCUCAAAGAUACAGAAGACAGGAAUUAAAAUGUCCUCAAAGAUACAGAAGACAGGAAUUAAAAUGUCCUCAAAGAUACAGAAGACAGGAAGUAAAAUGUCCUCAAAGAUACAGAAGACAGGAAGUAAAAUGUCCUCAAAGAUACAGAAGACAGGGAUUAAAAUGUUCUCAAAGAUACAGAAGACAGGAAGUAAAAUGUCCUCAAAGAUACAGAAGACAGGAAGUAAAAUGUCCUCAAAGAUACAGAAGACAGGGAUUAAAAUGUCCUCAAAGAUACAGAAGACAGGAAUCUCGCUUCGCCUCCUUCCGGCCCGCGUGGAGUAG